AAUCCGUUUAUUUCUCCAUCGCCAGUCGAUGUCUUGUCGAGUCGAUUAAGAUGACUCGCUGUGUCAUCGCUGUGUCCCGUCUAUAUAAUAAUAUAUCUGGGGUCGUCUUAUGAUGGCAGCUAAAUUCAUUCCGCGUCAGGUUUUCCCUCAUUAUGGGUCAAUCCCAAGGUCCUAUUUCCUGGGCCAUCACCGAGCUGGACUGAACAAGAUGAAGAGUAUGCUGUCUUCCAUAGAUUAUGUCAUUGAAUGCCGUGACUACAGAGUUCCAGUCACCUCUAUCAAUCCGAUGUUUGAGGAGGCUCUAGGAAAAACCAGACGACUGACAGUUUACACCAAGAGAGAUCUCGGUGCGAAGGCGCAGUCAGCAGCGCAGCAGCAGACCGAAAAGUCAGUGCAAGGGUUCAACCACAGCAGCGCAGUCUUCUUCGUUAGCUCAUCUUCCCGCCAGGACGUGAGUCCUAUCCUCAAACACCUUCGGAACGAUGCCGAAGGACCCGACAAGCUGGUGGGAUGUCGUGUACUCGUGGUUGGAAUGCCGAACGUGGGCAAAUCGACUUUGAUCAACAACUUGCGCAGCCAGGGCGUGAGAAAAGCAAAGGCCGCGCAAACAGGGGGUCAACCUGGUAUUACACGGAAAAUCGGGACACCUAUAAAAAUCAUCGAGCGCGAGAAUGACUCGCACGUCUACGUGCUCGACACUCCUGGUGUUUUUAUGCCAUACGUGCCGGAUGCAGAGAAUAUGCUCAAAUUGGCACUCUGUGGCUGUGUCAAGGACUCUGUCAUCUCGCCUGUCACACUAGCGGACUACCUAUUAUACCAUAUAAACCUGCACGACGCACGGGUCUAUCAACGUUGGUCAGAACCGUCCAAUGAGAUCAUGCCGCUGCUUGAAGGUUUCGCACGGCGCACGGGCCUUCUUGCCAAAGGCGGAAUUCCUAAUAUUGACCUUGCAGCUUUACAUUUCAUCCAGAAAUGGCGAGCCGGUGAUCUGGGGCGAUUUCUGCUUGACGAUCUCCAGGCGGAAGCGCGCCGUCUUGAAGACGGAACCGUGGAGGAAACGAGAACCAGUAUUUCUCAGGCAAUCAAGGCUGAACGAAAAGCAAAAAAGCAACAGGUUUAGAAAGACGAUGAAAAUAGAUUGUAAAUAGUAUAUCUCAUCCCAUUGUACAAAAGAACGA